AUGAUAAACAGGGAAAGCAUAUACAGCGAGAGCCGAAGCCAGGAGGAGAAAAUCCAGGGUCGCAAGCAUCAUGGGAAAGGCGCGAAUGUGAGUGGGGGGAAUCCCUGCGGAUCCCAAAUGAGUACCGAUGAUAAUGUUUCUAACGGAGCAGGGUCGCACGAGGACACAGACUCGAAGGAGAGGGACCCAGAAACAAAUGACGAAUCGGACUUGCACGGGGAAGACCCGCCCGAGGAAGGGGGCCAUGCGGAAAAGGGGGCUAGCGAAGCGGCUAAUGGGAAGGAUCCUACUGUGAAGGAACCGAGAGAUUCUCAUCCUAAAGGGGAGCAACCCGAAGAGGGGGAAUCCAAAGAGGAGAUAUCCAAAGAGGGGGAUCCUAAUGCGUAUGGCUCCCAAAUGGAGGAGACCCCUUGCAGGGAGGCCAAAAAAAACAUCAGCGUGGAGCUGCUUAAACUAUGUGACGCCUUGAAAAACCUGGGCAACAAAUACUUCAAAGAGAAUAACUACCUGGCAUCUCAGAAGCACUACACAGGAGCGAUCGAUUUGAUAAAAAAAUUCUACGAGGUUGAUAACCCAUUUUGUUUGGAUCUACUAAACAGGAUAAGCCUGGAUGCUUUGCCUCAUGAAGUCCACUUAGAAGAGGAGGAAGUGAAAUUGUUACAAGAAUUUUACCUGAACAGUAGUAUCACCAAAAAGAGUGAAUUUAUUAGCGUGAAAGAAACAGACUUGCAUAUAUACUACACGAAUAGAUCCUUCUGUCACAUGAAGUUAGAAAAUUACGGCUCGUCCAUAGAAGACAUUGAUGAAGCUAUAAAAAUUAAUCCCUUCUAUGCAAAGGCCUACUACAGAAAGGGGUGCUCCUUUUUAAUGCUGUCAGAUUUGAAAAGCGCAUCUGACUGCUUUCAGAAGGUGUUAAAACUGACUAAGGAUAAAAAUUCGGAAAUAAAAUUAAGGCAGUGUAAAAAAUUACUAUUUGAGCAACAGUUCCAGAAGGCCAUUGAGUUAGAGCAAAAAAUGCCCUACUACGAAACGCUGGUAUUGGAUUCUCUCAAAAUUGAAAAUGUCAAAGCCCCCAUUUAUGACAGAAACAAUUUAAGUAUCGAUUUUUUACAACAAGUUGUAGACUACAUAAGUGUGCCCGGUCAGAAGUUAAAUAAGAAAUGCGUCUGUGCCAUCGUCUUGGACAUUAUCAAAUUGCUCAAGGAACUACCGACGUUAGUUCGUCUAAAUUUAGAAGAAGAUGAGACGCUAACGAUAUGUGGAGAUAUUCAUGGUCAAUUUUACGACCUCAUCAACAUUAUGAAAAUAAAUGGGUACCCAUCGGAAACGAAUUCUUACCUGUUUAAUGGCGACUUUGUUGAUAGAGGAAGCUUCUCUGUUGAAGUUAUUAUAUUUUUAUUUCUUGCCAAACUGGCCUUCCCUAAUAAUGUACAUUUGACUAGAGGAAAUCACGAAACGGAUAAUAUGAACAAGCUGUAUGGAUUUUUAGGAGAGUUACAAGAAAAAUAUGAUGAGAAGAUGCACGUGCUUUUUUCCGAUUCGUUUAAAUUUUUACCUCUUGCUUAUGUACUCAAUGAUACUAUUUUUAUUUGCCACGGGGGAAUCCCAAGCAAAACUGACACCACGUUGGAGGACAUUGAAAGGAUUGACAGAAAUACGGAGCCCAUGGAUGAAGGCAUCAUGACCGAUUUGUUAUGGUCAGACCCAAAUGAAGAAAAAGGAUUUAAGCCCUCCAAGAGGGGAAUUGGAUUUUCCUUUGGCACGGACAUUACUGAGAGCUUCCUUAAAAGGAACAACCUAAGUCUCAUAAUUAGGUCGCACGAAGUGAGGGAUGAGGGCUAUUCGCUUGAGCAGAACGGCAUGCUCUACACCGUUUUUAGUGCCCCUAACUACUGCGACAUUAUGAAGAACAAGGGCGCGUUUCUCAAGUUCAAGGGGCGAUCCGUCAAGCCCAAGUGCAUCACCUUCACGGAGGUAAAGCACCCCAACGUGCCGUCACUCAAGUACGCGCAUAAUUUAUACCAGAAUAUUUAG